AUGUCAGCCCCAAGAGAACCCAGAAAGAAAACCACCAGAAGAAAGAAGGACCCAAACGCCCCCAAGAGAGCGCUGUCCGCAUACAUGUUCUUUGCCAACGAAAACAGAGAUAUAGUGCGCGCAGAAAACCCAGGCGUGACGUUCGGCCAAGUCGGCCGCAUCUUGGGAGAAAAAUGGAAGGCCCUCAACGAUGACGAAAAAGUGCCCUACGAGUCCAAGGCCGAGGCCGACAAAAAACGGUACGAGUCGGAAAAGGAGCUCUACAACGCCACCAAGGCCUAA